AAAAUGCCACACCUCUUUUACCUCGUAUUAAUUCCAUAUAACGUUUUUUUCAUAGAUUUUUUGUGUACUGGGUCUUGUUUUAUCGGAAGUAUUAACAAUGCUGCUUAAUAUACAGCUAAUUUAUAAUGAAUCAAAUGGAGUCUCCUCUCCGUACACGGAUCUGUAUACGUCAUUGCGGUUCUGCCCCGGGUUGGCAUGACUCCCACUAGCUAGCUUGUUCAGAACGAACAGGUUUGUGCCGACGACUAGCCGACACCCGAAAGCAUUUGAAAGACAGUGUGACCAGGGGGUGGCCCGACCAGUGAGAAGUAUGAUCACCAGUAAGAUGAAACAGGUGUUCCUGGUGGAUCCAAAGAGAUGUGCUCCAGUUCUCAUUAUGGACACCAAAGAUCCUGAAGCGGGGAUGCUGCACGGCCACUCCGCCGUCGGCCUGGAGACGCGCGGACAGAGGAAGCUGCCGGCGCUGCUCUUCGCUCACGGCAUCCUGACGUGCGCCUGCGCCGCGCUCUGCACGUACACGUUCUACAAGGUCCAGCGCACAGAGGAAGCUCUGCAUAAAACACCACUUCCUGAGGACAAAGGAAUAUACCUGAACAUGCAGAAAGAUCUGAAAUUCAGCACUUACUUGAACUUCACUGUGGUCUGGAACAAUAGUCUGACGCUUGAGCAUGGCAGUGAGGUGAUGGUUCCCCUCGCAGGCCCCUACGUUUUCUACAUCUGUGCUCUUGUGAAAGGGCAUGGCACCAAAGGCAACUUGACCCUGUCACAGGGGCACACAAAUAUCUCCUUUGAACUGUCAGCCCAGUCAGGCACGCGGUGUGUGAGACAGCAGAGAGUGAUCAGCCUCUACGAAAAGGAGAAGAUCACCUUCAGUUUCAGAAACACGUAUGACCCAUAUCUCUUCCUGCAGGUCCUCAAGGUAGGCCUACACUACUUGCUGGGAGCCCAAGACUUUGAUACUCCAGAAUAUGACCCACAUGCCUAAAGGAAUUAUUAUAAUAUAAGGUUUUCCAUACCCUACUCAAGAUAAAACACAAGGGGAAAUGGUUUGGAUUAUUUCUUAUUAACACUGGACAUUUGUCUCAUAGUUAGUCAGGAAAUUUCCUUGGUGUUAAGGUGGUAGCAGGUUGAAAGUCUCAUUGUCUGUUGCUUUUAGUUACUCUGGACUGAUAGAUGCCUGUGAGGCCAAAGAAGACAAUAACAACACAUUAUUAUGUGGAAAUGGGAAAAGAUGCUUUCUACACAGAAAACAGUUUUUUUUUUCUUUAAAAAAAUGUAUCUGUGUCAGAUUUAGAAGUUUGUAUUAGCAGUAGCUCUAAUUUACUGACACAGCUUAUGAGACGCAGUGACACAUCUGCAUCAUAUUGUUACAGUAUGUAAAUUAAUCUAUUGGUAUGGGUUUCUUUUAUCAGAAAAUUGCAAUUAAUACAAGACGUCCUGUUAUGAACUAUUUAUAAUCUGGGAAUGCUUGAAAAUUGCAAGAAAAUAAUGCAACAAAGCCAUGCCAUAAUGUAUUCUAUAAUAGAAAAUAUGUGAGUUGAUAACAUGUUGUAUGAAAGUUUAUACAUAUAUAAAUUGGUGAAUGUAUUUUGGAUUUUAUAUUUAAUACUAUUGGCUUGCCUACUGAUUUUUAGGCUGUUUUAAGCUAUGCAAUAAUAACCACUAUAAUAAUCAAUGUGAUGAUAAUGUUAAAAUGGCAGUGUUCUCAAUGUUUAUUUUAUGAUUUAUGGGUUUAUUUACAAAAAAUAAUAUAACUGGUAAUAAACCCACAAAGUGCCUGAAAACAUGGAAGGAAAUAUUUAAAAUAACUGAGCACUUGUAAAACAUCACUAAUUGCAUGUCCCAUUUGAUCAAAUUUUUUUUUAUACCAUUUGUUGUAUCUGGCAGUACUUUAUUUACAUAGCAAAGUUUGCACCUCAUGUUAUGUGAGCCUAAUCUAUUGUGUGUUAGAGGGUGUGGGGAUGUUUUGUAUUGUAUUAAAUAAAUUAAAUGGUUUAAGAUCUA